UGAUCUUUGAGAAUUGGAAAAUAAUAAUACUAUCUGUCUUCAUAAGCGCCACCAUCGUAUCAAGAUGUCCAAACAUCAUCCUGAUUUGAUUAUGUGCCGUCGACAGCCUGGGAUCGCCAUUGGACGUCUCUGCGAGAAAUGUGACGGGAAGUGCCCCAUAUGCGACUCAUACGUGAGACCUGAAACUCUCGUCCGUAUUUGUGAUGAAUGUAACUUUGGGACAUACGGAGGGCGCUGUAUCAUAUGCGGAUCGCCUGGUAUUUCCGAUGCUUACUAUUGCGCGGAGUGCACCAGACUAGAAAAGGACCGGGACGGGUGCCCCAAGAUUGUGAACUUGGGCGCCAGUAGGACGGAUCUUUUCUACGAACGGAGACGAUUGGGUUUCAAGAAAGGCUAGACGUCUCCCAUACGAGCUUUCACUCGUGGCACUGACUAAUAUCCAUGCCGG